UGGAUGUAUGUAAUGGAUUCCUUUGCGAUCAAAAUAAUUCAUACAAAAACAUUGUUAUUUUGACUUGAUGGCGAAUUGGAAUUGCAACGAUGGCUUUAAGCAGCAAAAGAAGAGGAACUUUAUUUACAAAUCUACUGCCCAGAACAAGAAUCCAGUCCCAAAAGARCAGAAAUUKGGUGGAAAUUUGRCGACAACUCAAAUGKAUGUUAGCGCUUARUCCUCUCCAAGGAAAAAGAUGAGAAGUUCGUACAGUUURUACGAUAAAUCUAGAAGCGAKCGACAAGCCGCUGAAGAACUUUGCAGUGAUUUGCCCAUUAACGCAUUCGAAGAUGAUGUUCUUGAUGAUUUUGGUGAUGAUUUGACUGCAGAACAGCUCUGCGAAGUGGCGGAACAAACCGAACAACAGGCCUAUACCCAAGCUCUCUCUGUCAAUCACACAAAGAUUGCAACAAAUGUACCAAAAAAAGUCGGUAAUGGAUUGGAAGAAGAUUAUUUUGGAGAUUUUGAUCAAGAUUUGGAUUUAGCUGGGAGUGAAACUUUGCUUGUCAAAACUGGACAGAAUGGGUCGUAUAUUCCAUUCACAUCUAAAGGGAAUGGAACUGAAGUAAAAGUUGAAGAAAUUCCCACUGACAAAACUGCAGUCCUGUUUUCUGCUGAAAGUUGCUCAACAAAUCAGUUCYCUAGUACAAGUUGUAGCUUCAGUAAUAAAGCAAAUAAUAGUUGCUUUGCAAUCGCAAAUGAUAAAUUUUUAGAUGAGAAGAAAUACAAGAGACAAAUCAAAGAAUUGCAGGAAGAAUUACAAAGAACYCAGAAGAGAAUCAAAGACUUGGAGGAAAAUAAUUAUGAAAAAGAUGGCAAUCUAAAAAUGUUGCAAGAUUCUCUUGAACAUUUGAAAUCUGAAGAAGUUAGAAAUAAAGAAAAGUUGAGAAAUGUAGAGGAGCAAAAAAGAGCUGAAAUUAAGGAGCUUCAGAAAAKUCAUGCCAAGACUAUGGAGCAAUUGAACUCYAAGAUAUGUUUUCAAGAACAAGAAAUAAAACAAGCAAAGGAGCAAAGGCAAGCCAUAGUUAAGCAUCAUGAGAAUAGCAUAGAAAGCCCCAAGAGAAACAAACCAAAUAAACCUCUAAAUAGUUCUGUAAUUCCUACUGGUCAAUCAUUUUUUGAGAGGAGUUCAACAGAUUCUAGGUCWCCAAAAGUACGAAAAGCCACUAAAUUGCAACAGUCACCAGAAAAACAUCAUAAUCAUARAACUACACCAGUUGAAAACCAGCAAUUGUCAAGUCAGAAUGCAGAAAAGAGAAUGAUGAGGAUACAGGUUGUUUCAGACAAAGCAUCAAAUGUUGAAGUUGCACAGAAACUUUUCAAAUUGCCCAACACUGAAUUAACUGACAUUUGUAUAAGAUAUGAUGCCUCUCCACUUAAUCAAAGCUUMUUACCCUUAUUGAGGUUAAAUYUGAAUGCUACCACAACAGGGGUCACAAAAACAGGAGACAAUAUUGAUUUACAAAAUGCAGUUAUUGAGCAAGGAUUAAACUCAGCUCUUUUGAGCUCAGAAUCAGACAGUCAAGAGGUUUGUCAAGCAAUUGAAGGUAUUCAGGAAAUGGUCAACACAAACCUACUUUUUCCUAAGAAGGAUGAUAACUAUUUACAACUUGUCAAUAAUUUCAAAGCCUCCAAUAUUCUAGAUUCUUCCUUUAGUUUAAAAAGUGCUGUUAGUUUAUUGCCUCUUUUGGAGCACCACAUAUCACAAUAUAGUGAAUUGCGUGCUGAUAAAGAUGAGGACAACCUGAUGAGCACAUGCCCAUCCAGCCCUGUGGAUGCUUCUGAAAUGAAAGACAAAGAAUCMGUAGUUGCACUUUCACUGGCGUUUGAUGGUGCUAUACAGUCAUUGAGGUGCUUAGAUGUUUUAGUUUCAUACAGUUAUGAAGUCCGGSAAGUUUUGUUGAAUUCAGUUCAGGUGCCACAAAGGGAACAAGAGACAACAGAUAGAACUGCACAGAAUAGUGUAGGUACAUCAAAUGGAAGGGCUCAAGAUGAAAAGUCUCAGUUGCUUGGCUUACUUUUCAAACUUGCAGUCCCUCAUCCUAAUGAGCCACCAUUGGUUGGUCUAGUUUCUUUUAGUGUGCUUGAGUCACUUGCCAAAAACUGCCCUGAGGGACACAGGUCAUGGUUUUUUCCAAGAUUGUGUGACACUCUUUUACCACAAUGCUUGUCAAAGGAGUAUGGAUUGAGCACAUUAUCUUUAGUUACUCUGAUACUGACCAAAUGUCUUCAUCACCACCAUGUCUGUUCACAGUCAGAUGAUUGUGUGCUGCUGAYAAUAUAUCAAGGUUGUUUGAAUGAUGCUUUGGAUUUGCCACAUGGAAACAGGAUCAACCUUCAAUUGAAGGUUGUCAUGCUUGUGAAUAGCAUCCUUUCACAGAACAAUGCAGCACUUCCUUAUUUGCUUGACUGUCACUGCAGURUGGAGCUCUUGAAGCUUCUGGUUUGUCUACUGAACAAGGAGAUGGUCUUUCUUGAGCAGCAUUCAGCUGAAUCCUUGAUGAGUGAUGAWUAUUCAAGUUUGUCUCUUCAAUUGUUGUGCCAUGGUAUAUUUUUGAUGGCAAGCCUAGUAACAUGCACCGAGUCUAACAGACUCCUGGCUGAUCUGCGUAUCUUGGUUGGUCACAAGUACAACAGUCUAAUUAUUGGUUGUCUGAGGCUCUUCAAGGAUGUUUCAUAUUUGAGAAACAUAAGUGAAGUACUAAUUGAUCUCCUUGAUGAAAACAUUGAAGAACAUGAAGUUCUAGGGGAUGAAGAUGGAAUUGAAGACAUGGAAGUAUGUGAAUGAAAACCCAGAGAAAGAGGCCAUUAUAGAAAUUAAUGUAGUUCCUUUGUCAAUAAUCAAUGUUAAUUUGAUAUAUUUCAUCGUUGUUUUUUAUUCUAACAGUGAAAAUAACAAGAAAUGAUGACAUAGUAUGAUUAUAUAUAUUAAUGUAAAUAAACAUCAAGCUGUUAUAAAUAAUCA